CAAGAGGAACUGCAGGAAAGCAUUUUUGACAUGAUCGAAGAAGAUUAGUCCCUCAGCAGUGUGAUGUCAGCAGCUGACAAAACUCUACGGUGUGUUGCAGACGAAAAUGGCUUAGGAGCAGAACCUCUUGGAAAUUAUGUCUGCUCAGUGACAAAGAAGAAGGGCCUGUCAAGAAGAGAGAUCUCCCCAGUACUUCAAAAGCUACGUUCAAGACUCAGUCAGUCAACGAACACUGAAUUGAACACCACUCGAGGCAAACGCCAGCACAACUUCUUAGCUGGACUACAGCUGAAGGCCUGAAGCUCCCCAGAAGGACAGGGUCAGUGGCCCUGCAGUUACCCGAGGGCUGCUCUGCGCUUCCCGAGGCUGUGACUCCAGCACGGGAUGCUUUGCUGCAGGGUGGAGGACAGACUAUCAAGACUCAGCUUGUGGCAGCUGCCUAUACGGAAGGUUUUCUGAAGUUCUCUUGAAUUGCUUACUCACGUCUGACGCAGCACUAGAAUCGUGGAAAUUCCAUGCAAACAGGAUGUCUUGGGUUAGCAACCACAUUGUUCAGAUCUGCUCAGAGCAUGCUGAACGCUCCGGGAAUUGUUCUGGCUCACAUUUUGGAUGAAGUAGCUGCUUGAAAGUCUGGAAAGAGGCGGCAGCUGUUGGAAAUACACAUUCCAGCCCGGCCAUGACUGGCGGAAGACACGACGUGCUGUGUUUCUGGAGAGCGGGCAGGUUUGACGGCAGCCCCCGGGGAAGGCGACAUUGAUCACACCUGGCUUUCUGAGGACGUGAAAAUCUGAGAAAUGAACAAAUUACGGCAAAGCUUUAGGAGAAAGAAAGAUGUCUAUGUCCCUGAGGCCAGUAGGCCUCAUCAGUGGCAGACUGACGAAGAAGGCGUUCGAACUGGCAAGUGUAGCUUUCCUGUUAAGUACCUGGGACAUGUCGAAGUGGAUGAAUCCAGAGGAAUGCAUAUCUGUGAAGAUGCUGUGAAGAGACUGAAAUCUGAAAGGAAGUUCUUCAAAGGCUUCUUUGGAAAAUCCGGGAAGAAAGCCGUUAAAGCAGUCCUGUGGGUUUCGGCGGACGGACUCCGAGUUGUAGAUGAGAAAACAAAGGAUCUUAUAGUUGAUCAGACAAUAGAGAAGGUUUCUUUCUGCGCACCAGACAGGAACUUUGACCGGGCAUUCUCAUACAUCUGUCGCGAUGGCACGACGAGACGCUGGAUUUGCCACUGCUUUAUGGCUGUCAAGGACACGGGGGAAAGGUUGAGUCACGCCGUGGGCUGUGCGUUCGCAGCGUGCCUGGAGCGAAAGCAGAAGCGGGAGAAGGAGUGUGGAGUGACUGCCACCUUCGAUGCCAGCAGAACCACCUUCACCAGAGAGGGGUCGUUCAGGGUCACUACAGCUACUGAACAAGCGGAGCGAGAGGAAAUCAUGAGACAGAUGCCGGAUGCUAAAGCAGUUGAACCAGAAGUGAAAACAGUAGCACCAGGUGCUGCACCAAACAAUACUGCCCCCUCUUCUGGCUCACCAACCUCUCCUACUGCUGAAGCUGCUGCCUCUCUGGAUAAAGAAAUGAGCAAUCCCCACGCUAUCCCCCGGAGGCAUGCCCCUAUAGAACAGCUUGCCAGGCAAGGGUCUUUCAGGGGCUUCCCUGCCCUGAGCCAAAAGAUGUCUCCUUUUAAACGCCAGUUGUCUUUGCGAAUAAAUGAGCUGCCUUCAACAGUGCAAAGGAAGACCGAUUUCCCCAUGAAAAACUCAGUCCCAGAGGUGGAAGGGGAAACGGACAGCAUCAGCGCCCUGUGCUCUCAAAUCACCAGUGCUUUCAGCACACCCUCAGAAGAUCCUUUCUCCUCGGCCCCCAUGACAAAACCAGUGACAGUAGUCGCACCACAGUCUCCUGCCUUUCAAGUCAAUGGCACUGCCUCUGCCUUGUGUGUGCUUCCUGCUAACCCACCCCAAGCUGCUGCAGUCCCCGCAGCUACGCCAGUUCGGGAAACCAAUCCCUGGGCUCAUGCUCCUGCUGCUAACACUGGAGCUGCAGCCGUGGUCGCCGGCGCCGAGUGGAGCAGCAGCUCCUCAGCUGCGGCCUCGCCGAGUCUCUUCCAAGGAAAUCACAGACGUACUCCCUCGGAGGCAGACCGCUGGUUGGAAGAGGUCUCAAAGACUGUCAGAGCCCAACAGCAGCCAACUCCAGCCCCGGCCCCGGCCCCAGCCCCGCAGCCGCUCCUCCAACCUCCUCCAGCAGCUUCCCAGACAGCCCCAGCCUUCCCAGUCAGCACCUUCAUCGCUCCCCAGCCUGUGCCGGUGGGUGUGGUGCCGCCCAUGCAGCCGGCCUUCAUCCCGGCUCAGCCCUACGCCGUACCCAACGGGAUGUCCUACGCGGCCCCCAGCGUACCUGUGGUGGGGAUCACACCUUCCCAGAUGGUGGCCAACGUCUUCGGUACGGCCAGCCACGCUCCGGCGGCCCAUCCCCACCAGUCGCCCAGCCUCGUCAAACAGCAGACGUUCCCUCAGUACGAGAGCAACAGCGCUACGGGCAGCCCCUUCUUCAGCCCCCCCGCCCAGCACAACGGCUCGGCGGCUUUCAACGGGGUGGAGGGGGGCAAAUGGGCCGCAGAGGACAAGCACUCGCAGCCCCCGGCCCCUGCGCCACAGGUAGACCCCUUCGAAGCACAGUGGGCAGCGCUGGAGAGCAAGGCCAAGCAGCGCACCAACCCCUCGCCGACCAACCCCUUCUCCAGCGAUUUACAGAAGACAUUUGAGAUUGAACUUUAAGCAGUCCUUUGGGGGGAAGGGGGAGGGGGGUGUGGGUAAAUUGUACAUUAGAAUAGAGGGAUAAAGGGAGUGGAGGGGACUGUUUGUGAUCGGUUUGCUUUGAUAAUCCCAAAGGUCCCUUCAAAAGAAAAUGAGUUAGAAAGAGGGAGCGGUUACGGGGAGGAUAUAAACAUACAGCGAAUUUAACGUGCAGUUCUUCAAAGGAGUCCCGGCGCCACCCCAGGCUGCGUCCCCUCCUCGCCUGGAAAGCUGGAAGUCAAAACAGAGCAAAGAAAGGCACCCAGUCCCGGAGCCUGUUCUGCAGAAACACCCGUUAUCUCACCAAAAGGAAGGCAGAUUUUGUACUUGUGUCCUUCCGACGCCCUUCGAGUCCUGGACAUUCCCCCUCAGGGAAAAAAAAUGGGGUGGGGUGGGGGGGGGGUACGGAGGGGAGAUUGUCACCUGCUUAGCAAAAGCUAGGUUUGUGGAAAAAGUUGAGCUUCCAUUUUGAGUAACAAAGUGAAUAUUAUAUGUAAAGAAUAAAGUAAAGCCAAAAUCUUUAUUUUUAUGCAUUUAGAAUAUUUUAAAUAGUUGGAUAUUAAAAGCUGUAUGAGUUGUAAGUAAUCUUGCCAAAGGUUAAAAAAAAAGGGGGUUGGAUGUAAGAAAUUGUACAUAAGAUUGAUUUAUCUCUGAUUCUUAUUGUAAGUAAUAUCGGGGGGUGGGGUGGAAAAGGGGGCUCUAGCUUGUUCUUGUAUCUGUUCAUUGUAAGUAGCAUAUUGCAACAACAAUCACAACCAGUAAGUCAUUAUAUCGUAGUUUUAAAUAAAGAAAAUUAAAGAACAGUAUUGUCAUGGUUUGAAACCCAUGGGGAAAAUUUACUGUUUUUUUAUCGGAAUCAAGCUACUUAUUAUAUAUAGUAUGGGUUUUUUUCCUUUCAUGUAUUGCUGCAGUUUCUUUGUCUUAAUCUAUUGGUUCUAACACUACUGUGACAACUUACUGUAAUCAUAUCUACAGCCCGGGGCCGCCUGGGAAACCAUUUUAUGUUUGUCUGUCAAUAGAUCUUAGAGUUUUUUAACUUUGUUUUUAUUUUUUUUCCCCACUGAUUUUGUGAAACCUUGUGGUUAAGGCUGCAGCUGGUCCAGGUUCUGCCUCUGGUGACUUGUGAAAACCAUCUCAUUUUAACUUUACUUUUAAACUUUGGCCUUACAAGCAAAUGUAAGUUAUAUAUAUUUGUACUGAUGAUUUAUAAUCUGCUUUAACAGAAAUAAAUGUUGGUGGUAGAAGCAC